GCUGAGCCUCUGUGAUUGAGCAGGGACACAACAUGCCGGAAGUGGGGUUUCGGGACUCGUAAGCGUGGAAAGUUUACUCUAUUAAGAAAUCUACUUUUCCCGAGGAUUAAAGCUGUUCUUUAGGUUUUGUUUCACUGUUUCAUUCAUUUGCACUUUUACAAUGGGGCUCCCGGCGCUGGAAUUCAGUGAUUCUUUUCUGGACAGUCCUGACUUCAGAGAGCGACUCAAAUGCCACGAAAUUGAGCUGGAUCGUACUAAUAAAUUCAUCAAGGAACUAAUCAAAGAUGGAAAUAUGCUUAUUAGUGCGCUGAAAAAUCUAUCUGCAGCUGUGCAGAAAUUUUCCCAGUCCCUACAGGAUUUCCAGUUUGAAUGCAUCGGAGAUGCAGAGACAGAUGAUGAGAUUAACAUUGCCCAGUCAUUGAAGGAAUUCUCCCAGCUGCUGAACACGGUGGAGGAGGAAAGACGACGACUAAUACAGAAUGCUGAUGAUGUCUUGAUCACACCGCUGGAGAAGUUUCGCAAAGAGCAGAUCGGAGAGGCCAAAGAAGGGAAGAAGAAAUUUGACAAAGAGACAGAGAAGUAUUACACAGUUUUGGAGAAGCACUUAAGCCUGUCUUCGAGAAAGAAAGAGUCACUUUUGCAGGAGGCAGACACCCAAAUUAAUAAGGAAAGACAGGUUUUCUAUGACGCCUCCCUGGAAUAUGUUUUCAAAAUCCAAGAAGUGCAAGAAAGGAAAAAGUUUGAGUUUGUUGAGCCGCUGCUGGCCUUCCUCCAGGGAUUAUUCACCUUCUACCACGAGGGUUACGAACUGGCACAUGAGUUUGAGCCAUACAAGCAACAGCUACAGUUCAACCUCCAGAAUACAAGAAAUAAUUUCGAGAGCACAAGACAGGAAGUGGAGAAUUUGAUGAGAAGGAUAAGGUCUGCAGAGCAGGACUUUAAAGCUCCAGGACAGUGGACCAUGGAGGGCUUCCUCUAUGUGCAGGAGAAGCGACCCUUGGGGUGCACAUGGAGUCGACAUUAUUGCACGUAUGAGAAAGGGACCAAAAUGUUUACAAUGAGCAACUCUGAAUUCAAGUCUGGAGGCAAACAGAAUGGAUUGAUCAUGAGUCCUCCUGAGAUGUUUAAGCUGAAGUCCUGCAUCAGACGGAGGACUGACUCUAUAGACAAGCGAUUCUGCUUUGACAUUGAGGUGGUAGAAAGGCAUGGUAUCAUCACCCUUCAGGCUCUCUCUGAAUCCAACAGAAGACUGUGGAUGGAGGCCAUGGAUGGAAAAGAGCCGAUUUACACACUUCCAGCACUUUUGAGCAAGAAAGAGGAAACAUUCCUAAAUGAAGCAGGCUUUAAUUUUGUAAGGAAGUGUAUAGAGCUUGUGGAAACAAGAGGCAUCAACACAAUGGGGCUGUACAGGAUAGGUGGAGUUAACUCUAAAGUCCAGCGACUGAUGACCUCAGUGUUUGCGGCCAAAGCUCCUGCAGAUAUGGACCUUGACCCAGACACUUGGGAUAACAAGACCAUCACCAGCGGCCUGAAGAAUUACCUCAGGUGUCUGGCAGAACCCCUCAUGACUUACAGACUCCACAAAGAUUUCAUCAUGGCAGUCAAGUCUGAUGAUCAGAACUACAGGGUCUGUGCUGUUCAUGCCCUCGUCCACAAGCUCCCCGACAAGAAUAAAGACAUGCUGGAUAUUCUGAUAAAACAUCUACAUGUGGUUUCCACACAUAGUCAGAAGAAUCUGAUGACCGUGUCUAACCUGGGUAUAUUUCAUCAAGCUCCAGACCCUAACGUCCCUCUGCCACAGCCUCAGUCUCACUCUCAGUCUCGUGCCAGUGGCCACCGCAGCAAAGCCAUCUGCCUGUCCUCAGGGUCCCGCAAAUCCAGAGGCCUGUACCCUCCCACCCUGUGCCUGGCUGAUGCUGACAGUGACACGUUCAGCAGCAGUCCGAGUAGCACUCCCAUGGGCAGUAUGGAGUCUCUCUCGUCUCACUCUUCAGAGCAGAACAGCUGCUCUAAGACGGGCUCCACAUCACGUACCAAACACAAGGCAUCAAGGAACCUGUGCUGGGCCACUCCAUCUCCCUCCUCCAACGGGCCCAAAAGCCCCGCUUGCACCACCAGCCCUGAUUCCAGCUCCAAAGAGGACGCCAACAAGACUGAUGGAGAAUGGGAAGAAGCGCUGAGCACAAGUCCAGGUGAUGAUCGAAGCUCUCCGGCUUCAGAGCUCCUUCAGAGAACCCUAGGAGAGACUCUGGAGGAUCAUGGGAAAGCACGACACAGUCUGUCCACCUGCUCUUCUCUCACUUCACUCCACAUUUCUGAGGGUUUCAGAAGCUGUCACGGCUCUAUUCAGAGCCUGGUGUCACGCAGUCAGAGAGACAGUCUCAAGUCCCUCCAUCUGCCGGAGCUUCCUCCUAAAGAGACGGUGAGAUACAGAGCUGACUCCUCAGCCAGCAAUGGCUACCAGAGACCGGGAUCUGUUGUGGCCUCGCGGGCAGCAAUCUUUGAGAGUCCUGUGAUUUCCCAGCCCACAACGGGAAGAGAGGCUAAAGCCUUGUAUUCCUGUAAAGCGGAGCACAGUCAUGAGCUGAGCUUCCCACAGGGGGCGCACUUCUCCAACGUGUAUCCUUCAGUGGAACCUGGCUGGCUUCAAGCGACACAUGAUGGCAAAACCGGACUCAUCCCAGAGAAUUAUGUGGCAUUCCUCUAAUGGCACCAGAACAGGCAAAAGCAAAGUCCAUGGUAUCCAUGGUAUUCAUUUCUGCAAAAAAGGGAUCAUUAUAUGCCUUACUGUAUGUAAAUAGUUUUUGUGUAACACUAUAACCGGGUCAUUAACUGUUGCGUAUGAUAAAGUUUAUUCAGGCUGUAAAUAUCACCUUUGUCUUAAAUGUAUUGUAGAUUUUAUUUCCAUCUAGGUACAUGCAGUUGACUAUAUUAACACAUUUCUGUAUUUAUAUGUGGCCCACAAUGCUAAUGGGCUCUGAUAUUUCAAAUGUGUAGACAUAAGCUCAUAACACUCUGAGCAGUGUUGCGGUACGGCUCUGAAGGAAUCUAUGGAUUUUUAUUAGAGGGAGCAUUAAUUAGCGACUAUAUUAAGUAGCAGAAGAUAAUGUAUUGCCCAAUGUGACAUUUGUGAAAUUCUUGAACAUAUGUUUCUUUUCAGUGAUGCCAAAAGGUGAAUCAUGUUUGGUAGAUGCAGGUCAUCUUUCAUUUCAGUAAUUGCUAAAUCUGUUUCAAAAUGAGUUAACACUCAUUGUUAUUCCAUUCAAUUUCAAAAGGUUAUAUAGAAAAUUGGUACCUCUUAGUAGUGAAUGUUUUUAAUAAGAAUCUUUUCAUGUCCUUAACAUUUUUCUUCCCAAUUUAAACAAUAUACGUCUUGAAUGAACUGACUUUAUGAGCCAAAUAUGUUUCUUAUA